AAACCUUUAAAUGUCCCUCCCAUACUACAUUUACAAAAGGAUUUUGUCCCAUUUUCCAUUUUAGAUGAAGGCUUCGAAUGAUACUAGAAGAUAUGAUAAGCUACUAUAAAAAAAACCUUUUAACUUUUCUCGAAUAAUAAAAACUAUAAACGACAAGUCUCCUGUUUCUUUUUCAAUCAUUUACACAAGAAACUUAUCUCUUGUUUCUUUCUCUUUCUGGCAACAUCAAUGACAAUAGUCGUUGUUGAGGUCGCCCGAGUCAUCCCCGCCGCUGGCUCGGUCCUAAACUCGCCCAACUCGCUCAAAAUCCCGUUGACUUUCUUCGAUCUACCAUGGCUACGAUUCAACCCAGUCAAACGAGUCUCCUUCUACAGUCUCGCCGAGUCAACUCGUGAGAAUUUCCACUCCUUCAUCCUCCCCAAGCUCAAACUCUCCCUUUCCCUCGUCCUCGCCAGCUACCUCCCUCUCUCCGGCCGCAUCACCUGGGAUCCAAACGACCCCGCACCGAGCAUCGUCGUCUCUCCAAACGACGCCGUGUCGUUGACCGUCGCCGAGAGCGAAUCUGAUUUUUCCCUUCUUUCCAGCUAUGGUCAACGUCCAGUCACCGAUUUACACACCUUGGUGCCCGAGUUAACCUUUUCCGAUGACUCAGCAUCGGUUUACUCUCUGCAGAUCACGUUGUUCCCUGACCACGGAUUCUCCAUCGGCUUCGCAGCACACCAUGCAGUUUUCGACGGAAAAACGGCAACCAUGUUCGUUAAAGCUUGGGCCCACUUGUGUAAACAACACUUGGAAGGGAACAAAGUCAACUCUCUUCUUCCGGAGAAUCUAACUCCAUCUCUUGACCGGUCGUGGCUCACCGGUCUAACCGGACUCAACGAGAGGAUGGUCGAGGUUGUUACAACUAUGAAAGGGAGAAGCCUGUGUCCGAUUCCCGCCAAGGAACUCGAAGACGACGUCGUUCUAUCCACGCUCGUGCUGUCUCGUGAUGACGUGGAGAGACUCCGGGAGAGAGUCAAAAGUCAAUAUCAGAAGCUCCACUUGUCUACUUUUGUCAUCGCGUACGCCUACGUGUGGACAUGCCUUGUGAAGGCGCGUGGAGGAGACAUGGAGAGAUACGUGACGUUCUUGUUUAUGGGAGACUUCAGAGAGCGGUUGGACCCGCCGCUUCCGGCGACCUACUUGGGGAACUGCGUGUUUCCGGCGGGUAGCUACAAACGCAAGGCGGCGGAAUUUGCGGAGGAGAGAGGGUUUUUGACGGCGGUGGAGAUCCUCAGUGAACUGGUGAAAGGCUUGAGUUCGCGGAAGAUAGAAAUGAUUCUGGAGGAGUUUAGGGCUAUAUUCAGUUGCAAGGGCGAGAGCUCACAGUUCGGGACGGUAGCUGGAUCGACCCGGUUGGGAGUAUACGAGUCGGAUUUCGGGUGGGGAAGACCGGUUAAGAGUGAUGUUAUCUCUAUCGAAGGAGAGAGAAUCUCAAUGGGAGAGAGACGUGACGGAUCAGGUGGCCUCGAGAUUGGAGUGUGUCUGAAGAAGUCUGAAAUGGACAAGGUCAUUGCUUUGUUCAACAAUGGUUUACAAAACUAAACGCCUUUCUUUGUUCCUACAAAGUUUCAAUAAGGCAAGAUCAUUGAGUUGUGAGCUUUUGGUCUCCAAGCUUUCAAUAAGGCAAGAUUACCUUCUGUAUUGGUUUGGUCUCCAAGUAUUCUCGUCUCUUCGGAUUUGAUCUUCACAUACUCUCGUCGAAGCUUGUCUUCGUACCUGGAAUAUAUCAAAAACUCGUGUGAUCUCUCUAUGCAUACCAAAAACUUCACCUAAUGUAAUAUUGAUAACAAAAAAAAAACUAAGAAGGCAUAUAGUUAAAUCC